CUGCUUUCAAAAUACCACCGCUGGUCAUGCAACAUGUAAACGGAAUUCCCGUGUACAACUCUGACCCUAAUCGCCUAUAUGAGGGGUUGAAGAGCUGUAAACCAACCUGGUAUAGUGCUCAAGGUGGUGUGUAUCGCUGCCGACAGCAGAUGUCUCCGAAAAAGCUCAUCGCCAUCAAGAAAUACUAUGUGGCAGAAAGUCAAGACGAUCCCAAUGCAUUCAUUAUGCCAAGAGACCUUGUUGAAAACGAAAUAUAUGCAAUGACACGAUGCGCACCGCACCAAAACAUCCUGGAACUACUCUCCGUACAUCUUCAUCAAGAAUGUAUAUACCUGGUUAUGCCGCUUUGCACUGGAGGAAGCUUACAGGAAUAUGUAUUUGAAAAUAGAAUAACAGUUGGUCAAUUGGUGUACAUAUUACAAGCGCUUGUUAGCGGCUUGCAUGAAAUCCAUCGACACGGUUAUAUACAUCGAGAUAUCAAGUGCGACAAUAUCUUUUUGACAAAGGAAACAAAUGAUGUUGUCAUAGGCGAUUUCGGUGUUGUUUCAAUCCAACCUACCGCAGACUCUUCCCUUGAAGAAGCUGGGGUUGUCUUAUUUUGGGCACCGGAGGCAGUGGAAGGAAGGAUCGUUGAUAGCAAAAUUGACAUAUGGGCGCUUGGAAUUGUCGUUAUGGAGAUUCUCAAUGGAGGUAAAGCGCCUUAUGAAGAUGAGGAUGGUAGCGAAGAUAGAAUCAAGGAAAUUAUAUUAGAAGUCGGUCGACCACACUACCCACCAUCUCUACCACCAAUGCUAGUAGACUUCAUGAAUCGUUGCCUAGAGGUUGAUCCAUAUCUUAGAGCAACCACAGACGACCUUCUCAAGCAUCCUUUUUUGACACAAAGUGAAGCAGAAUACCUAUUUCCUUCAUAUCCACUCCACGGUCACAGUAUAGAACACGCACACCACAUGGAAGAAGCUGUCCAUGCGACCACAACUUUAGACGCUGAUCACCAUGCCGACGUAGUUCAACCAGCAGUUGACAUGUUACAUGAGAGAAAGUCCAUGUAUGUCAGCUCUGAAAUAGAUGACCCCUUCACGUCAGAAUUCGAUGACGAAGAAAUACUACGCAUUGAAAACCGACUUGAAGCUCUUCAGCAACUCACACAAUUAGACGGAAAACUGGCAGUCAAUGCUCAGGAUCCUAUUGAACACUCUGAUGAAGCCGUUCAACAUAAUGUACCCGUCGAAGCUAUAGCCAUUGAUGAAGAAAAACAAGAAUCCACAGUCUCGCCAUCCCAAGAUAUCAACCCUCCAGCCUCUCGAUCUAAUCGUAAAUCGAUGCAAAUUCAACGCUCCUACCUUCCACGUUCAUCUAUUUUACUAUCUACAGCACUGAACGGUGCAGUCAAUGCCAACAACCGCAUUGGCGACGAGCUUAAGAAAUUACAUCCAGUGCAACAAGCCUAUGACGUUUUUCAUAGACGAACCAACAUGUACACCAGUUAUCGCAGGCAAGGUUCUCGUUUGCCGUUAUUUACAGCUGCAGUAGGACCCAAGGAACGGUUGCCAAGCGCACUACCAGUAGAUGCGAAACCGCUGAAGAGGGUGAAGUCAUUGAUGGCGACAUCACUCAAAGAGGACCACACGGCAGUCAAGGUUAGACGAGCAUUUAGUGUUACGAAUAUCAAGGAAAAAGAAAACCUUGCUAGUGAACGGACAAAGAACCAGAUCACAACGCGGACACAAAAGAGAGUAUCGCAACCUGUUGCACCAGCACGUAAUUCCAUAGACACGGCACGAACGAGUCGUAAAAAACCCGAUAUAACACACCCCCCGUCACUAGAGAAACCUAUGCGCAAACCACAGCCCAAGAUAGAGCCAAAAGUAGCGAAACCUCCAGCCAGUGCUGCCUACAAGGACGAUGCUGAGCCCCGAAAGACCCAACCAAGACGAACUGGAACGGUGAACAAGUUGUUGAAGCAAGAAGCGAGCCUGCGAUUGGACAGGAGAGCCAGAAUCAAAGCUUGAAAUCGAUCCCCUUUGCCAACCAACCCACUCCUUCAUUCCCCCCCCCACACUCGCGCUGCGUAACAAGACUUGCUUCAUAAGAUAUCCCCCACUCCCUUGCGCUUAUUUAUAUAACUUAUACCAAUUAUGCCAUUUUGCAAUUUGUCAAUCUAAUAACGUUUUAAAUAUACAUAUAUGCUUUGACCAUUGAAAUCAGUCAUUCUUUUUUGCACUUUUCUUUGCCUUUAAUUGUCGUUCCAGCUGCUUGCGCUUGACACUAACAAGCAUUGUGCAUGUUGCUCGAAGAACAAGCAC